AUGGAGGAAACCUACCUGCUGAACGUGGAAGGGGUCAGGAAGAAGAUUCUUCAUGGAGGCCAAGGGGAGCUGCCAAAGCUGCAGGAUGGGAGCAAGAUCACCUUCCACUUCCAGACCCUGAAGGAUGACUUUGAGCGGACGGUCAUCGAUGACAGCCGGGAAGCUGGUAUCCCCAUGGAGAUCAUCGUGGGCAAGAUGUUCAAGCUGGAGAUCUGGGAGACGCUGCUCAGCUCCAUGAGAACAGGGGAAGUGGCCGAGUUCUGGUGCGAUGCCAUUCACACAGGGAUGUAUGCCCUGGUCUCCAGGGGCAUGCGGAGGAUCGCCGAGGGCCGGGACCCCCUGGAAGGGCAGAAGCACCGCUGUGGCAUGGGCAACAUGUUUGACUACCAUAGCACGGGCUACGAUGACCUGGAUGAGCUGCAGCGGACACCACAGCCCCUCAUCUUCAUCAUGGAGCUGUUCCGGGUAGAGGAGCCCUCGGCUUACAAACGGGACACGUGGGCCAUGAGCAAGGAGGAGAAGCUGGCGGCAGUGCCCGUACUGCACAGCGAGGGCAACCGCCUCGUGCUCCGCAAGCAGUUCGCACAGGCAGCAGCCAAGUACCAGGAGGCUGUUAUCUGCCUGAGGAACCUGCAGGCCAAGGAGAAGCCAUGGGAGGAGGGCUGGCUGAAGCUGGAGAGGUUGGUCACACCACUGGUGCUCAACUACUGCCAGUGCCAGCUGGAGCUGGGCGAGUACUACGAGGUGCUGGAGCACACAACAGAGCUCCUGCAGAAACACAAAGACAAUGCCAAGGCCUAUUUCAAGCGGGCGAAGGCUCAUGCUGCUGUGUGGAACGAGCGGGAGGCGCGGGAGGACUUCCUGCGGGUGGCUCAUCUCGACCCCUCCAUGGCUGCUGCUGUGAAGAAGGAGCUGAAGCAGCUCGGGGAGAGGAUGAGGAAGAAGCACGUGGAGGAUCGGAAGCGUUACCAAGGGCUCUUCCAGACACCCCGGGGGCCACAGGACAGCAAGGGGCAGGGGAACGGGGAGGUGCUGCAGGAAGGGGCACCCCAUGGAGAUCCAGCCCGGUCUCACAGGCUGGAAUACCGUCCUUCACUGCAGCCGAACACACAGCAUGCUUACAGCCAGCCUAGCGUCAAUGCCACCACUACUGCAUGGCUGCUGCCCACCUGGGUGUGA